GUGAUUAUCUCGCUAAAUUCGAGCACUUGGUCCCACCUGCUCUGACUAGCGUGCCAGCUAAUGCUGGACCAAAGCUGUGGAAUUUCUUCUGUUCUGUUUUUUACCGACGAGACUUUUAGCUACUAAUGAAACGUGCAGAUAUUCUCCAGUCGACAGCUCAGCUUUAUAACCCGGUUGGGCUCGAUGGAGGUGAUCAGGAGCGCAGUGACUCCACGUGCACCGGCGCCAGUGAAGCGCGUGUCCGAGGUGGACUUCCGCUCAGGCACGGCGCUUGAGCAGCUGGCCUCGCACGUGCAGGAGCUUGUGCAGCUUGAGCAAGGCGAGUUUGGGGACCAGACUGCACUCGAGGUGCACACAGCCAAAGACUUCAUCUUCAACAUGCUUGGCCUGGUCCAGAAGGUGGACAAGAGGCUCCCAGUCGCAAAUGAAUACCUGCUCUUGUCCGGUGGUGCCAGAGAGGGUGUUCUUGAUCUGAACCCAGAGGAGCUAGGUGACUAUGUCAGAGGUGUGGACUUUGACCUGGACUUCACGCUUCUGGUGCCUGCCCUCAAACUGCACGACCGCAAUCAACCUGUAACUCUAGACAUGCGCCAGUCUCCGCCGUGCCACUCCUGGCUCAGCUUACGGCUUUGCGACCCAGGCAUGCUAGCCCGAUGGGGUAUCUGCUGCGAAGACGAACCUAACAUCCAGCACCAGGAAGAUGGUGAAGAGGAAGAAGGUGGUUCCAUAUUGGGCUCAAUUCCUUCCCUCCAUUCUCCACAGUCCUUGGAUGGAUGUUACUUCUCACCCCUGCUGGUCACAGAAUGGUUCUGGAACGUAGUUGGCACAGCAGUGGAGGAGCUAAAGCGGCACCCUCAGAGAGGGAUUCCAGUUCCGGAUCGCGUGGAACGCAAUGGACCUUUGACGACGCUGAUCCUCAAAGCAGGCACCAGCCGUGUCCUCUAUGAUCUCUUACCCGUUGUGUCGUUUCGAGGCUGGCCAGCUGUAGCACAAAGCUGGCUCACUACCAAUCACUUCUGGGAUGGAAAAAUCACUGAGGAGGAGGCAAUCAGUGGGUUUUAUCUCCUGCCUUGCUGCUCCCCAACAGCUGUCUCCGCUUCCAGACCAGACCGUGAGUGGAGACUGGCCUUUUCUCGGAGUGAGGUCCAGUUGAAGAAGUGUGUGCCUUUUCCUAUGGCCGCAGCCUUCCAGGCAGCCAAAGCUGUUGUGUCCAGACUGUUGGCACGUCCCCGUACUGGUCUUAGCCUUUACCACUUGCGCACCCUACUCUUCUGGGCUUGUGAUCGCUUACCUGCGGCCUACUUGAGCUGUUCAGAGCAAGAGACACCAGCCCGUCUGUUCCUGGGUCUCCUGGAUGACCUGGCACACUGUGUGCUGGGUAAAAACUGCCCCAACUAUUUCCUCCCUCAGUACAACAUGUUGGAACAUCUUACUGACAAUGCAGCUCUGCUGGUUGCCCGGAAACUAGCACACUUGCGCUCGGAUCCAGCUGAACAUUUGCGUGCGGCACUGGAGCAAGCUCGGCAGGCAUGCCAGUUGAAACGAGAAGCUGCUGGAACGAGUAACGGGCAUGGGGCUUCAUCGCCAAGCUUGGGCCCUUCCAAAGCCACCUCCCCGCAAGAUGAUCGUCUAGCCCAGAGACUGCAGCAGCUGGUUACUGAAAACCCUGGCAAGUCUAUUUCGGUCUUCCUCAACCCAGACGACGUGACAAGACCACACUUUCGCAUUGAUGAUAAGUUCUACUGAAUUGGAGGAGCCCCAGCAAGAGCACCAUACACUGCCUGAGGAAUAAAUAACGCCCCUCCUUCUUCCUUUAUCCACUGAAGUAAAGCUAAUACUCAAAGUUAAGAGCACACCCACACACACACUCCUUCACUGUGCAUUGUGCUGUACUGUAAUAAAGCCCUCACAUGCAGGCUGGGCAUAAUCAGUGAUCUAUUUUGGCCAACGCUACAGUCUGCAAGCCAGCUCUGCGAAAUAUGAUUAAGCUGCUACUAGAGAGACCAUCUGUCCCAAAUCAAGUCUGCUGUCAGCUACAUGGCUGUUGCUACCGAAAGAAAAGAAAAAAAGUGUCACCAAACGGAGGAAGGCCCAUGAGCGGCUGUUUUGGGAUCUUGUAUGCCAUUCGAUGAGAGGCCUUGAAGCUGUAUUGCUCAGUGAAAUCUUAAUCCUGCAAUCUGUAUUGGAUUAUAUUAUCUUGCACAGCCUGAAACACUAGUUCAGUUAAGGGAUUUAACUCCCGCUACAUAAUGCUGACGAUUUUUUUUCUUUCUGUUAUAUACUGGUAAGCAGGAAGGCGGGCAGUGAUCCAAUCCAAGGUAUAUUUCAAAUCACUGGAUGUUGAAUGUUUUUAUUGCAAAGAAAUAUGAUGGACUUUAACACUGAAUAUGAUUCUUUUUUUUCUUCACUCCUCUACUUUUAUCUCUUAAUCAUCUCGUUCUCUUUCUCAGGUACUUUUUGUUGCGAAGAUGAAGGCAUUUCCAGUGUGUAUGGUAUUGCCUCUGUGCCUCCUACUAUUUUAUGUGUCUCAAAUGACAGACAACAGUUUAAAGGCAGCCUUAGGCCCGCAAGCCACGAUGGCUAGGUGAUCAGAGAGAGGAAGAGAUAAAGGUCUAGUGAGUCUCCAGUGCAUUACUUUAAGUCAGCCUGUCUUACACAAGACUAGACUGAACCCCCUAACUGCACUAAAGCUAUAUUUAGGAAAAGCCACGGGCCUGAAGCUUGUCAAAACUUUAGUUUUCUUACAACAGCAUCAGGAAUCGGUGCAUUUUUGACACACUUUUGUUUACUUGCAUUCAAUCAACUACAGAGCAAAAUUCUGCUAGUGGCACAAAUAAAGAAGUUCUGAUUUGACUACUCCGAAGAAGAAAUGACAAUACGUCUGCCUGUCAAAAGAUCAUUUAUUAAUAUUGGUAAAGUGUCCUAUAAUUGUGUAUGAUGAUUUUUGGUUUAGCUUUUGACACUGAUUUGCUGAUUUGCUCUCAGCUUGGUGCUUGAUUAUACUGUAUUCUCUACAAUAUAGAUGUAUGUAUCGUAAAUUUCACGCCCAUAUUUUUUGUUGCUACCAAAAACGUUGUGCGUGUGUGAGAAAGCUCAUAGAUACAGAAGCUCCUGUUAAUGUGUUUUGAAUUACCCUGUUGUAUCCGUUUAGUUUCAUCAGCUAAGCUAAUUAUGAUAAUAGCGAGAGAGGGUGAUAAUAGUACACAUGUGAUGCAAAAGAUCUGCAGACAAAUUGGCAAACGCCUGCGUACGUGGUAUCGGGUAAGAUCUUUCUUCACAGAUGUGCCGUGGUUGCUUUGGGAUGGAUGACUGAAUGGAGGGAUGAAUGUAGUUAGAAAGCCAGCAGCAGUCUCCUCUGGCAGAUUAGCCAGAAGUGAUGGAGCACCUGGGAGUUCAGACAGCUGCUUCUCUCUCCCUCUUCCCCUCCCUCCAUGUCUUACUCAUCCUCAUUUCUCUCUUUUAUCCAUCUCUCUCCAUCAUAGAAAUAAACAUGGCACAAUUUUUCUUUCAUUUUGAGAUUGACACAUCCCAAAAUGUAUCUCGAGAGCAGGAGUCACGCUCUUGAACGAUGUGUACUAAAAAAAAAACAAAAAAAAAAAAAAACAGGCUUGUCAUGAUUAUGCCUUCUUUUCUGAAUAGCUGUAAAUUGCUUGUAAGUGUCAUAGAUUUGGUAGGUUGAUGUCAUGCACUUGAGAGAUUUGAUACUACUGAAUAGACUGAAAGCACACAACUGUCAUAUACAGUGAAACUUAAAAGA